AUAUCAUCCUUUUAGAGUAAAAGAGAUAUUUUUAGUUUAUAUGAAACAGAAAUUGAUAGUUUUUAUUUUGGAAUCAUAACGAGAGAAGAGACAAGGCGAUCAACAUUGACCCAAGGUUUUCUUGCCAAAACGCUUUACAGCGAUUUCAAUUCAGUUUAGGGGAGGAGAUCUCAACGUACUUUAUUUGGGCGUUUUUAAGAGUGAAGUGAAGAAGUAUGGAAGAUUCCAAGCAAUCGACCCGCAAGAGUAACAAGACGGAGAUCAUAGAGAUUUUCGAGGAUCCUGUCCAUGGCCCCAUGGAAUUCAAAUGCAGCCUGCUGCUGAAGAUCAUUGACACGCCACAGUUCCAAAGACUCCGCGACAUCAAACAGCUUGGGUGCAGCUUUUCUGUCUUCCCUGGAGCAACCCACACCAGAUUAGCCCACUCAUUAGGAGUGUGCUAUCUUGCCGGCGAGUUUCUUCGUCUACUACAGAAGAGUCAACCUGAACUCGGGAUAAAGGACAAAGAUAUUCUCUGCGUGCAGAUUGCUGGCUUGUGCCAUGACUUAGGUCGCGGGCCCUUCUCUCAUGUCUUCGAGAAUGAUAUACUUCCCAAACUCGGAAUCAAGAACAAGAAAGGGGACCCUCUGAAGCAUAUUGACCUGACCUUAAUGAUGUUUGAUCAUCUAAUUGAGGAGAAUGAUCUGAUGGACACAUUUCAGCAGCAUGAUAUCAGAGACAAUGACAUUCAGACCAUCAAAGACAUUAUGGAAGGAAACCUUGAUGGGUGUAAAGACGCAAGAAAGCGCUUCCUCUUCGAGAUCGUGGUCAACAAGCGAAACGGAAUCGAUAUCGGAAGAUGGGACGCCCUGGCUCGUGAUUGUCACCAUCUGGGCAUCGCCAACAACUUCGACCACCGGAGAUGCAUGAAGUUGGCUCGGGUGAUCCUCGUACCAGAACGAAAAGUCGAGGACGACAAAGGUGGACGGGUGACCAUUCCAGAGGAACUCCAGUUGUGUUUCAGGAAUAAGGAAGCGGACAACUUGUACGAAAUGUUCCGUGGUCAGUAUAUGGUACAAAGGAAAGCUGGAAAACAUAAAGUCACCAGUGUCAUGGAGCACAUGAUCAUGGAAGCCCUGGUGAAGGCCGAUAAACAUGUGAAGAUUUUUCCUCCUAAAGACGAAGAUGGGACCAUGCUGACCAUGAGUGAGGCCCUGGAACAACAGGACAUGCAUGCAUUCACAUUCAUGACAGACAGCGUGAUAGACCAGGUCCUGUCCUCGAGUGAGGUCGACCUAGAUGUGCACGUAGCCAAGGAGAUACUGAAGAGGGUCCGAGCGAGGGAUGUCUACACGAUCGUCGGUGAGGCCCUCAUUCCACCAGGAGCAAGACUAAGGAGUCAAGAUGAAAUCGCUGAAAAGAUCUCCAAAGCGGAGAUGGGGCUUCCCGCCGAGGACGUUGCAGCUCGAGUGGUGGUGCUCAACUACGGACAGAAAGAUAAGAACCCGAUGGACUCUGUAUGGUUCUACUCCAAACACAGCCCAGAUGAUGCCUUGGCUCUGGCAGAAGAUGAGGUUUCCUGGAUCAUUCCGAAGAAAUUUCAGGAGCGUUACGUACGUCUCUACUGCAGGAAACCCGAACAAGCGCCCAAGGCGACGGAACGAUUCAAAGAUUGGUGUAAGAAGAAAAACUUCCCCAAAGUUAGGGAAACCUUGGAUAAGGUCCAGUCUUACUUGGGAAUAUGAUCACGUUGGAAAGGAACCGAGGAACUGUACUACACGAAAUUAUAACUACAAUAUGUCUCCUGUCAUAGGCUUAUUCCAAUUAUUAUAUGAAUAUAUAUGCUUGUGUGUUUGUAUCAUGAUGAAAAAAAUCGGAAACAUGCAUGUAUACCAAUUUCGGUUUCAAAAUAUUAUUGUCAUUUGAUCUAUAUUCUAAAAGAAUUAGGAAUGAUUAGAAUCAAACUGUGAACAUUUAAUUUGUCAAAAAUCAUGUGAUAUGAAGUUUGAAAAGGGUAUUGCCUAUCAUUCAUUCAUUCAUUGCCCAUUUUCUUUUCUCAUACGUUAUCAAUACACUAUUUCAUUAAACACUCACCAUAAAUGUUAGUCAAAUUUCAGAUGAUUACCCGAUGGAUAUUUUCAUGAACGGGAGGGGGGGGCAAUAUUAAACUAUUCUCAAUCUGUUACGUGUCAUUUUACUUCUGAUAGCCUAUCACAAGUAGAUCGAGGCUCUGUAAUGCAAAUGUUUGCAAUCAAUCACUAAAUAAUCAAUCAAAAUCGCUAGUGCAUGCCCAUUUUUCAUUCUAGGAAGUAGUUGAGAUAAAUAGGAAGACGACAUGUGGUUGUAACAUAUAGUAAUUUCAUCAUCAGUACACAAAAUAUAAACCCCUCAAAAAAAGUUUGGAAAUCUGUGUUUGGCCAUCAAUUUCUCCCAACUCCCAAUUUAACACAAUGCAUAUUUAACAUCAUUCAAAAGAUCAUUUAAUUCUUUUUAAAAUGAUACCAUGCUUGUUAUGAUCAUGCCAUCACGAAAAGAACAGAAUUCAAAAGUGUUGGAUGAGGUCUGAAUUGAAAAGCUGCAAAACGAGCAAAAAAAGUUUGGAAAUCUGUGUUUGGCCAUUAAUUUCUCCCAACUCCCAAUUUUACAAUGCAUAUUUUACAUCAUUCAAAAGAUCAUUUAAUUCUCUUUAAAAUGAUUCCAUGCUUGUUAUGAUCGGUCAAUACACAUGAUACAGAACAUUAUUCUUUUGUCUGCGUCAAUAGAGAUGAAAAUCCUUUCAAAUCAAGCCCCUGCUUCUGUAGUGAUGGUUCUGUGAGAUAACAUGGUUUGAGUCGUGGUUUGAAAUACCCAUGCAUGUUUGUUUGUUAUGUGUUUGCUUGUGCAGAGGUGUGUUUGAUUCCAUGUUAAUGUUGAUGUUAAGGUGCAUGAAAACAAUUAAACAUGUUAAAAGAAACCGCUGAGAAACUCACUCAUCACCACUGAAAAAAAGAACAGUGACUUUCAAUAUUGUGUCAUUUUGCAACUUUUGAAUUCUUACCUUGCCCCACAUUUCAAUGCAUUGCAACUCCAUGUGAACCAUAAUCAUAUCAUGUAGGGUAUCAUUUUAAAGAAAAUUAAAUGAUCUAUUCAUUAAUAUUAAUUACACAUUGAUAUUUACUAAUACCGAUCAAAGUCAAAAGAAACCGCUGAGAAACUCACUCAUCACCACGGAUAAAAGAACAGUAAAGUUCAAUAUUGUGUCAUUUUGCAACUUUUAAAUUUUGAACUUGCCCCACAUUUCAAGGCACUGCACCUCCAUGUGAACCAUAAUCAUAUCAUGUAGGGUAUCAUUUUAAAGAAAAUUAAAUGUCCCAUUCGUUGAUAUUAAUUAAACAUUGUUAUUUAUUAAAUCCGAGGAGGGAUUAUCGAUCAAAGUCAGAUUUCCAAACUUUUUUUGAGGAGUUUAGUAUUUGGUCAUUUUGCCUCCGACGAAGAUUCUGCUAGGAUCGAAAGCUUAGGCCCGUUUUUGACUUUCGAGUUUAGUAUUUAUCAGUUCACCUCUUUGAAUUCACGUUUUCAACAGGAGCUUUUUUAUAUAUGAUAAUGCGAAUGUGUCAUUUAAAAGUUUUGUCAUUUUUAAUCAAGUAUAUAAUGUCAUUUACCCAGAGAAAUGUUGUCAAGCUGAGUUAAAGUAUAAGCGUGGCCGAAAUUCAUAUAAAUUUUGAUGGCGUUGGACUUCUUACAUGCAUGAUGGAGGAUGAUGUACAACUACAUUCAACUUUAUCGAAUUUGCAUGUUUAUUUUUAGAAUAAACGUGCGUUUGCGUACAUUUCAUUUUAUAUACUGUAUAAUCCAAUUUAUUCGUAUUAUACUCAAAUUCAUUCCUUAGUAGUUUUAAAAUCUUUAUUUAUCAGGAUUUAUCAUUGUUAUGAACAUUACACAUGUCAUGAAUUUAUGGCCUUUCAAUCGAUAGAAUUUGAAAAUUAUAUUCCGUUAUGUUUAUGAGUAUGGUAAACGUUUAUGAAAAUUUGGAAUAUGUUUUCCUUAACAACUGCAUUAUCUUAUUUUUUUAAAGAAUGUUUAAUAGAUUAUGGGUCUAACUUGAAUAUUCAGUUAUAAUUAUGCGUUAAUUUUUGCGGAAUUUUGAAUAUGUUAUAGCUGAGGCAAUUUAUGAUAUUUGAUGGGUGUAGUACAGGUGUAAUUUUUUUUUUAUAAUCGACUCUACAUGGUCUAAUUACUGUGGUACGUACAUACAUAAAUUAUUUCGCUACUUUUGUUAGAAUAUGGUACAUUUUCAUGCAGUAUAAUGUUAUUGAUCAAUUGAUGAGUUUACACUUCCCUCAAUAUGAAAAGAAAAUAUGUUUAGUAAGGUACCAUCAAGAUCAUGUUGCAUAGUGUAUAACAGUAAAAUCAUGAUAAUAGAGAAUUUAUAUCGUUGAUUUUAUCAGAAAAGAGUGCAUUUUCAAGUAAUAUCAUGUCAUUAUAAAUCCAGGGGUACGAGGGGGCCAGUCAUCAUCCAUUAGGGCAAGUCCCCUCUCCCGACCCGAAAAAAGGAAGUUUGGAUUUCGUAGAAUGGGUUCGACUCUGCAAAAUAGAUAGUUCGCUAAUAGCUCGCCGUAAAACAUGUAAAUUCCGGCUGAUGGCAGGCCGCAUUCACUUAUUGAUGUCGAUUAUCUUGUUAACAUUUUGGGGUUACAGAAUGCCCGACAAUUAAAAUCAUUGC